UCGCAGCCCCUCUCUCUCUCUCUCUCUCUCUCUGCCGCGCGACGACUCUCACUCACUUGGCUGCAGCUUUCUCGGCUUCUCUGAUGAAAGCUUGAGAGAGGUGGUGAGUGUCGCGUUGCUGUCGUUCUGCUGUUCUCGGUUCGAGUCAGUCCGGGAUGGAGAAGAAACAAGGCAAGGAGAGAGAGCGCAUCGAGACCGUCCUCAAGAUCUUAAAGAAGCAAGUUCCUCUCACAAUGAAGCAGGAGAAGUACUGCAACGACGCCUGCGUCGAACGAUUCCUGAAAGCCAAGGGAGAUAACGCGAAGAAGGCGGCGAAACAACUGAGAGCCGCCCUUUGCUGGAGAGAGAGCGUCGGAACCGAUCGUUUGAUAGCCGACGAGUUCUCUGAGGAACUGGCCGGUGGUUUUGCUUACGUCGCAGGUCACGACGACGAAGCCAGGCCAGUCGUGGUUUUCCGCAUCAAGCAGGAGUAUCCAAAAACUCACUCACAGAAAUUGUUUGUGCGCUUACUGGUCUUCACGCUGGAAGUGGCGAUCUCAUCCAUGUCCAGAUUCGUGGACCAGUUCGUUGUGCUUUUUGAUGCAACAGGCUUCUUCAGGUCGGCGUCGGCUUUCCUCAGCUUCCUCAUGGGCACUCUCAAGAUCAUCUACGACUACUAUCCAUGUCGUCUUCACAAGGCUUUCGUCAUCGACGCUCCUUCCCUCUUCUCCUAUCUCUGGAAGGGUGUUCGCCCAUUUGUGGAACUGUCCGCGGUCACGGUGGCGGUCUCGUCCCUCGACUUUGACGACUCGCUUGAGGAUGCUGUAUUCGGGUCUUACCCGACGAGGACGGCGUCGCUCCGGUUCGACCGGGCUGCCGCCGGCGCCACGGCCUCCGCGAGGGUCGGCGUCUCCAAGUCUUCGCGCUUCUCCUUCACCGUCUCUCACCUUGACUCCCUCAAGCCGUGGUACCUCUCCACCAGCACGGCCACUCCGCGCGCGGCGCCCAACGCGAGCCCCUCCAUCGUCGGCGCGUCCCCGCUCAACGCUCGGUCCUUCUCCUUCGCUUCCCCGGCAGCGCGAUCCGCUCCGCGCUUCGCAUGGUCGCCCGCCCCGCGCAGCAUACCGUCCACCCCGUGCAAAUUCCCGCCGCCAAAGCAGCCUAAACCGCCGCCGCCGCCGCCGCCACAGCAGCAGCAGCAACUGAGGACGCGGCGUCCUUCGUUCUUGCAGUCGCCGGCGGCGCUGUUCUCCUUCCGCAAAGAGGCUCACGCGGCGCAGAGCCGAGAGGAGAGGGAGAGGGAAUCGUUCCUGCCCUACCUCGGGUUCCACCGUCGGCCGUACGAUGAGAUGGUGUACCGCGCGAAGAUGCGGCCGCCGCUAGGCGGGCUCAUCUCCAUCAUCUCCCCGCACCUCAAGCAGCGACAGCAACAACAAAUGCGGCGCAACGCCAUUAACAUCCACCACCACCAACACCUCAAGAUGCAAACGCUAAACUAUUGAACUAAAAUUUGCUUCUUACUUAAUUUUCUCUUUAUUUAAUUCCCCUGACGAGAGUAAUUAUACCCACGACUCCACCAUAACGUCCUUUGCACCGGUGUAAUUCACUACAUGAUCAUCAGAACCAGUUGCCGUUUCUUUGCCAUGUAAAAAAUUAAUCUCCAGUCGUUAAUAUACAGCGCAUAAUUGAUCCUUAAA